UAACAUUUGAUUGUAAAUAAGACGAUUUAACGUUUGUUUAAAAGAAGCGGAUAAACGUUGAUCAGCUUCCAUAAUUAGUAUGGUUCUACCCAGUUCGAGUUGCUUUCAUUUGUAAAUUAAUUUACUCUUGUAAACAUUGUAUUAUACUCUUGUAAAUAUGUCUAAAUCGGUGAAUGAAGUUUAUAACGGUCAUAAUGGUCACUCGAAGAAACCAUUAAUUCCUUACAGAUACUUUAUCAUGACAAUGAUCACAAUAGCUACAGUGAUUGUAUUUUUCACUCGAAGUAUAAUAAACGUUGCCAUACUUGCCAUGGUCGAGUCAGGUGAGAAGCAAAACAACGCAACAGUGCAAAUGAGGAGUAAAAGUAACUUCAAUUGGGACCAGCGAGACCAAGGAUACAUUCUUGGUGCUUAUUAUUACACUUAUACUGCCAUCCAAAUAGGCGCUGGUUCAUUGACUGACAAGUUUAAUGCUGUCCAUGUAUUUGCUGGUGCUCAAGUAAUAGCCACAAUAUGCACUUUAAUUACACCGAUAGCAGCCAAGAUGGGCAUGUAUUACUUGAUCGGAGUUCGUAUGGUUUUGGGUUUGAUUCAUGGUACGACAUUUCCCACCAUGUACAUUCUUAUUGCUAAAUGGUUCCUACCAGGUGAGGUUGGACUCGCUCUUGGUUUAAUGGCUGCUGGAAGUGAUGUUGGUAGUGCUAUUGUCAUGUCGGUCACUGCUUGGAUAAGUACUCUUGGUUUAUGGGGAGGAUGGCCAGCAGCCUUUUACUUGGUCGGUCUUUGCAAUCUAAUCUUUCUCCUUGCUUGGAUAUUUACGGUAACAGUUGAACCACAAACAAAUAAAUUUGUCUCCGAAUACGAGAAGAACCAAUUGGCCUCAAUAACAACGGGAAAAUCGACUAAAAAAGUUUUGAAAAAGAAAUCAACUCCAUGGAUAAAAUUUCUUACAUCUCUACCUCUCUGGUCUGUUAUCAUUGCCAGAGGUUUUAUGGGAUUAGCUUAUUCACUAAUCUACAGUAAAAUCCCCGUCUAUCUAGCUUCUGUCCUUGGCUACGAUAUCAAGCAUAAUGGAGCAAUUAAUGCAAUGUUUUACAUUGCUGCCAGUGUGUCUCAAAUAACCAUUGCGCCAUUAGCAGGACAUAUUGUCAAUAAAGGCUGGCUUCGUAUUACAUUAACCAGAAAAAUAUUUGAAACCAUUGCUUUCUGUGGCAUUAUCAUCAACCUAAUAGGAGUUUGUUACCUGGAAAAUCAUCAUGCAAUUAUUUUCUGUUUAGUUAUGUCAAUGUUUUUCUAUGGAUUUCAUUUCGGUGGCGAUGCUUCCAUUAUACCUGAAAUGGCUCCAGCCUUUAUUGGCACAACUUACGGGUUUGCCAAUACAUUAGGAUGUGCCGCUGGUUUCAUUACACCGGUCUUUGUUGGAACCAUUCUAGGAAAUGAUGCUUCUUCACAACAUAAAUGGGCAAUUAUAUUUCAAAUAACUAUUGGUCUUCAAGUUGUUUCCAUGAUAUUAUUCAAUUUAUUUGCUACUGCUGAGCCACUCUCUUGGGCUGAUUAUGAUGAAGAUGAUGAACAACAACCACAAUCGGUUGAAACAAUCAGUGAAAAUGUGCAAAGAAAAUUAUCAAUUAUCGCUUAUUAAUUAAUCAAUGAAUCAACCUCCAUACCAAUAACGGACUUGAUAUCAUAUAUUUACAUUCCUUGUUUGGCCUGUUUUGACUUAAUCAUUUCAACUGUAAACGGCUAAACAUUUCGUAUCGCAUAUUGAUCUAAAAUUUAAUUUGAAUACCACAAAUGACUAAUUUCACUCCCAUUGAAGCAGCCAAAACCUGUUGAAUAGAAACGCUUACAAAGAGGGAAUCAAAUGUGGGCUCAAAAUGACCUUUCGAAUCGAUGGGUAGUCUUUUAUGCUAUUAUCUAGACUACUAUUGAUGAUUAUACACACAACGUUCAUGUUUUAUUGACUAAAUGAUUAAAAUAUGUAAAACUGUGAAAGCGCUUAACCUUUAACUGUGAAGUCUGACUUAUGUUCAUUUAGUUGAAUCAAUGAUGAGUAGUUUGCUUUUUGUAAUUUACAAUUAAUAUGCAAAAAUGUAUUUAAAUUGUUGUCUUUGACGCAUCUUAUGCUUCCAGAAAUGGAUGAUAAUGAUUACCCAAAAACCAAAAUAUGGUUAUGUUAACCUAAUAUGGUUUGUUAUUGAAUAAAGUCAAGUUUAACUGGAUUAA